GUCGUUCUUUUGUCGGUGAGUAAGUUUAUGGGUGUGACGGCUGGUAGUCAGACAAACGGUCAGAGAUCAAGAAUUUAAUGCUUAUAUAUCUUUACUGAUCUGAUCUUUAUUAACUCCACACCUACAGCAACAUGAAGACGAUAUCUUUGCUCUUUUUCAUCUCUAUAUUUACCAACGGUGUGUUUGGUGAUGAAGUGAAGUCAGUGUCAGUGAUGGAGGGAGAUUCUGUUACUCUACAUACUCAUUUUACUGACACAAAGGCAAAUGAUGCGACAGUAGUAUGGACAUUUGGACCUCAAAAAUCUACCAUAGCUAAAAUCAAUAGAGAACCCAAAGGCAAUAAGAUCUCAAUAUAUGAUGAUGUUCUUGAUGGGAGAUUCAGAGGCAGACUGAAGCUGAAUAAUCAAACUGGAGAUCUCACCAUCACAGACAUCAUAACUCAACACACUGGAGUAUAUGAAGUAGAGAUCACUGUCAGAAGUAAGAUUAUACAAAACAGUUUCAAUGUUAAUGGUGUGAGUAACCCAGAAUCAGAUCAACUAAAGUCAGUGUCAGUAAAGGAUGGAGAUUCUGUUACUCUACACACUGAUGAUCCUGAUAUCAAGAAAUAUGAUGUGAUACAGUGGAGAUUUCAAGGGAUUCGUAUAGCUCAAUUCAAUAAAUCAGCUAGUAAGAUACCAGAAGAUGAGAGAUUCAGAGACAAACUGCAGCUGGAUGUUCAGACUGGAUCUCUUCAAAUCAAGAACAUCAGAACAGAUCUCUCUGGACUUUAUGAAGUAGAUCUCACCAGCAGCAGUUAUACCAUACAUCAAUCAUUCACAGUUACUGUCAGUGGUGAAGUGAAGUCAGUGUCAGUGAUGAAGGGUGAUCCUGUCACAAUAAACACUGAUGUUCCUGACAUUAAAACCUAUGAUCGGAUACUGUUGGUCUUUGGGAAUGAUGACAAACAGAUUGCUGAUGUAAAUAAACAGAACAAACAAUUCACUCUUUAUGGGAGAAUCAAAGAUGGACUGACGCUGAAUGAUCAGACCGGAGAUCUCACCAUCACAGACAUCACAACUGCAGAUGGUGGACAUUAUGAACUGAAGAUGAGUAGCAGAAGACGAACCAUUCAGAGGAGAUUCAGUGUUAGUGUCAGUGAGCAAGGUCUGUCUCCUGGUGCUAUAGCAGGAAUAUGUGUUUCCAUCAUCCUGCUUGCUGCUGCUGGUGGUGCUGCUGCUGGUGUGAUUUACUAUCGCCGUAAGAAGGCUAAACCAAAACAUCAACUGGGUAAGAAUCAUCUACAGCUGAUAGAAUAUAAUGAUCUUUAUUCUGCUAUAAUAGAGAUUGAAUUGAAAGGUGUAAACAUGUUUGUUCAUAUUCAGUUUAGCCCUGCACUGGCCUCAAAUCUAGGCCCUGGCCCAAUACGUUAGUAGUAUGUAUAAGGUACCACCUGUCAAAAAAU